GAGGCGGAGGAGGAGGCGGCCGCUGCUGAGGAGACAAGCGGCGGCCCCAGUGGGAGGGGGAAAGCCGAGUGGGCGCCGCCCGGCCGCUUCUGCGCUCUCUCGCCGGCGGGCGGGAUAAAUGCGGGAUUCGGGGCGGCCGCUCGGCUUAGUCGCUGAGCUGAGCGGGAGGAGCAGCAGAGAGGAAGCUCAGCCGCCGCCGCCGCCGCCGCCGCUCUUAUUCCCCCGGAGAGGCGCUUCUCCAGCGAGGGCGAGAGAGGUGAGAGCUCCUGGGGGGUGACUUCGCCCUGGGGGUCGCGCUUUCCUCCCUGAGGUCUCCGCCUGGCCCUCCCUUUCCCUUCCCUUUCAAUGGGAUUUCUUUGCCCCCCUCCCCAGCUUCCAAAAAGGAGGGUUUAUUUUGGCGACCCCUCUCAUCCUGCUCCCCCCCCCCCGCCCUGUGUACUUUCCCUUUCUUUCUCGGCUGCUUAUCAACUUCAUGACUAACUCUUCAUUACCCUACGGCAGUUCAAGGACACACACACAUAGAUAUGAACAUUUCCAUUAAGGUUGUUCUUUCCUCUUUUUCGGAUUGAAUUCGGGUUGAGUUUGUGGGACGGGCUGCGGCGGCUGGGAAGCCAGAAAUAAAUAACUGCUGGGUUUGCAAAAGCCCCCCUGUGCGGUUUAUUGAGAUGAAUUCACAAGGGCUCUUUUUGCCCCUCUUCUUCCUCCAAAUCUGUCAUGUGCGUAGUAAAUGAAUACUUGUAAAUUCCCAAAGCCCACAACUAUGCGGUAUAUCGGGGGGGGGGUGUUGUUAUUUUUUGGGGGGGAGAAGAGCUUCCCAAUUUAGUUCUCCGAUUUCCAUCUCCAGAAGAAGGAAUGAGUGUAUCUGAGAUUCCCCCUUCGGUACUUUUCUGCUUACCCUUUACCCCGAAUUUUGUGCGGUCAGGGCACCCUUGGAAACAUGUCCGGUCAAGUUACUAGCCCCUACGAAAACUUCAUUAGCUCACAUUCCCGCCAAUACUUGUAGCAGGAGCUUCUUCUUUUUCCCCUAGGCUAUUCAAAAGAGCUCAUUCUUAUCCUGGGGCGGGAUGAGAUUUUUAUGUGCUAUGGCUGAAUGGUAAUUUACAAAUGUGGCAUAGGGCAUCAAAGGAGUGCCAUAAAGAGAACAGGUGACUAUAAUAAAAAGUGGGCGUCUCAGUCCUUACAUCUUAGUCUGGGGCUGGAUAUGUUGCUCAUACGGUAGAAACGAUCUGCAACACAGACAGAUGUCCUUGUCUGCCUCUGUAAGGUAAUGGUCACCACAGGGAGGCUUUUGAAGCACCUCUAGCUUUUCUUCUCUUGCUGGUGGGUGUAAAAGUGGUAACAGCACAACUGAAUUUAAUGAAGUUACGCUUGUAUAGGGAAUAUCUAAGAAAUAUUUAGCGUAGAGCAUAUCCCUGGAAAAUGAGAACAUUAAAGAGAUGUUCAGACUGGAGUUGAUAAUUUUCUUAUCUUUUGUUUUCUCCCCCUCUGUGUGUCUGGGUUUGAGAGAGAGAUGCUUUUCUUGAACUAUGGGGACACUUGUGAAAUAACUGUGAAACUUAAUUUGCUUAAAAUUAGACAAGAAUUUGUUUAAAAUUAGACAGUACAGUGCAUCUCAUGGCCUCAGUUGGUAAGAGCCCAAUUCAAAAUAUAUUCUGUGAAAUACUGGUCCGUGUGUGUGGAUUCUGCCUAAAUCUCUGUAGUGUCCUUUUGUACCAAAGCAAAUUAUAAAUGGCUUACAAGCUAUUCACAUAGCAGACAGACAGUUUUUUAUGCUCUUGCAUACUUUUAUUUUUGGAAGUGGAAUCUUGAGCUUGAAGCCAAAGAAUAUUUAUUUGUAUAAGAAUUUCCAUUUGGUGUUGAAUUUCGCCACAGAAUCAAAAGGGCAAUUUUGCCUCAUUUCUAGCCCUCCUAUGUGUGAAGGUGCUUGACAUGCCCAGUAAUAACUUGUGUGGACACUUUUUUUAAGAAGAUGGGAGGAACACAUGAUUUGUUAGAAAGAUACAUUUUUCAAAAUUGCCAGUUUCUAUCCAAGACCCAUCUGUUCUGGACUUGCUUUCCCCCCAAAUAGAUUUAUAAUAGGACAGAGGACAUGGCUGCUGUACUGGUAUCUGAAGUCUAAAGUACAGCGUAGUCCGCUUGACUGUAUUGGUUUUUAAAGAGCUUGCUGGAAGAUAUUAGUCAAGCAGUAGAUUAUGAGAGUAGGGUAUAGUAUCAGAAUAGUUAACUGUACUGCAACUAAGAACUGUAGGUCAUCUAGCAUGUAAUGCUCUAAAACGACAUUUUGAGGGCACAGCAGCAUUGCACAUGCCCUAAGAACAUCAUAAGAAGCUGCUGGAUCAGGCCAAUGACCCAUCUAGGCCAGCAUCCUGUUCUCACAGUGGUCAGCCAAAUGCUUCUGGGAAACUCGCACGCAGGAUCUGAGCCCAAAAGCACUCUCCCCUCCUAUGGUUUCCAACAAGUGAUAUGCAGAAUCAUUACUAACCUCCAGCCAUGGAGGUGGAGUGUAACUAACAUGUCACUGUUGGUUGGGUGUAACAUUCUUUAAUAAAGGCUGGAACUGUGUUUUUGUCAUCAUCUUCUUGAGCCAUCCUACCUGAAUUGAAAGGAAGGGCUUUUCUGGUGGUGGGAAUCUAAACAGUUAGUCGGAAAUGGGAUGAACCUUUUGUCCACUCAUUCAUGGCAGUGGAAUGUCUUUUCUAGUUAAAGCUUGGCAAGGCGUUUGGCUCUCUAACGAGCAAUUGCCGACAACAUCCUUUGAGUAACUGCUUGAAGUGAAGAAUUAGGUCAGCCACAAAGUACAUGAUCUAGAAAGGCAACAUUUCUUUCUCCAAAACAGUUUUAGAGUCCACCUGAACAAUUAAGAGCGCAUCCAAGACUUGCAGUGGAAUAAAUAAUAGGCACAAAAUAAACAGUAGUAUUGGUUUAUAGAUAGUUUUCUGGGGGUGUACAUAUUUUGGCCCUGAGAGAGGUUUGAGCUUCCUUAUUCACUGAAUUUCAGUAGAAGCUAUUUUAACACAGUUCUUGCAUUUUGUUCCAAGUAUAACUAUAGCUGACAAUUUGUCUUGCAUUCACUUGCUAACCUCCCAGGUCUGUGUGAACAUUUUGGAAACUGAAAUAAUUUGAGAUGGGACCUGUGCAAAUUGGAACAGUGGUGUACUUUCAGGAUUAAAAAUGUAUCCUACUUAAAAUUUUAAUAAUAACAAUAACUUUACUGGAUCUUCUCUUGAAGAUAUGGGCUGGAUUAGCUCUUUAUUUACACGACAGUUCAUUGUUGUAAGCAGUUGUGUUCUAAUUCUUAAGUUUUGGCAUACUUUUAAUAGCUUGCUGCUUUUUUCUGAAGAGGGAUGUUUAUGUUCGUUGCAUCUUUGAUAACAUUCAGUGCCUUUUCACAGGUAGUGAGCAGAUAAUCAAUAUGGCAUCACAUAAAUUAAUAUGGGUGUUUUAGGAACAGUUAAUUCUGCAUCAUCAGUCCUUUUAGUGUAUUGUUGCCUUGUAAAACACUGUAUUUCACAAGAUAAGGGAUAAUAAAAGAAAACAUCAUGGUGAAGAAACACAUUUGAAGAAAUUAAAGGUUGUUUUUGACCUAGUAGCAGUUAGUAACCAACACAUAUUUCGCAAUGCAUCAAAAUAUUGUCAUCACUGCAUGUUUCUCAAGAACACAACUGUAAGGCUUUAGUUCUCUUUACAUAACAUUUGAUAGGAUCAUCAGUAUGUCAAAUGAGUGUGCUGAAGGAAACAUUCUAGAUUGGUGUUUCAAAUAACUUUCUUCUUACCAGUGGAAUUUUGGUUUUUCAAUUGGGAGCAAACAUUUUGGACAUGGACAAGGGUGGUCUCCCUCCUCAUUCAUCAGUCUUCCUCAACCAAUGGUUGUAGUGGCUGGACUAGAUGGGAGUUGACUCCAAAACAUCUGGAGGGUACCGUAUUGGCUACCUCUGAUUAAAACAUCUGGAGGGGCACCCGGUUGAAGAAGGGUGUCAUAACACCAUUUGGCCUAUCUAGAGAGAUACUUAAACAAGCUUUCACAUGUGUUCUAGACAUCCUGACUGUGUCCUUCAAUGAUGAGUAAUUAUUGAGCAUUUUAUGGAUCAUAGCUAUAUUUUUUAUAUAUAAAUUAGUAGGUAAGACUCCCACUAAUGGCAGCAGCAUUAAUGCAGAUUUUUAUAUCUCCAAAUGGUGGAAUAAUGGAAUGUGCAACUUCAAAGGAGAAGUGUUUCUUCAAAGCUUAUUUUUCUAUAGUAAUAGUAGACAUGGUGAUGACUGGUGCUAAAUCAUAAGCCUCUUCAAUACAGAUUCCUUAGCUUUCUUCUGAUGACUGCUAAUGUACUUUACUGAGUAAUUACACCUUCUUACUGUCAAUGUUUGCAUACACUGGCGGAAGAGAUAAAAAAAAAUUGUUUUGUUUUCACAUAGCCUUCCCAACCUUGUAUCUUUAAGUUGACAGUAGAACUGUCAGUUUUGACAGCUUAGUUAUACAUAAUAAAUGAGGGCUCCAAACAUAUUUUGAAUAAACUCACUUUAGUUGUAGGCAGAUAUUACUUAUUUUGCGUCCUCCAUCAAGGAGGAAAAAUACAUUUAUGUAUUUAGAAAGGUUCAUGCUCUGAAUGUUUAGUGAAUUCAUCUGCAUGUAAGAGUGCCCUCUGCUGUCUAAGCUAGCUAAAGGAGUGCAUCUACUUUGUUCUCUGUUUUGAGUAUCUAUUGUUGUUUAGAUAAAAUAACAAUACUGUAUCCUGAUGUAUAAUUUGUCAAUACAUGUGGAGCAAAGACUGAAAUCUAUGUUAAUGUCUUAAAUGUCAAAAUAUUUCUGUCACUUACUCUCUUAUUGCAAAUAGAAUAAGAAUAAUUUCAAUAGAAUGAAAGCUCUUGAAAUAGUUAUUUGUAUGCAAAAUAUAUUUUGUUUAGAAUCUGAAUGGUUUUUGUGUCCAGACUACUACUACUCCCAAAAAGUUAAGGGUAAAUGGUAUGAGUCUCAUUCUGCCCCGAGGCUAAAAAUUGUUGGUCUGAAGUAGCAUCAAAUAUAAACAAUAUUGUGAAAGGCAACUUUAAGAAAAAACAUGUAGAUGCUUUGCAUUCAACAAGGGGAAAACAAAAUAAGUAUAUUUGAGCAAGAAUGUUUAAAGAACUUUGGGAUAGCAAACAGAAGGGGCAUAGAAUUAGUUAAAAUCCUUUUGCAAUUUUGUGAGAAUAUGUGAAUAUUCUUUUAUGAAGGACCAUGCGGGAUUUGACAUCUUUCCGCUGGGCCUGCAAGAUAGAGCUGUUCCGCCUGGUCUUUGGCUUAGACUCACUCUGACCCCUUAUAUGGGAUUUGGUAUAUAAAUUUUCCCUUGGCUUUUUUGCUGGCCCAUGUAGGACUAGCAUGGAUAGCUGGCUCGGGUGAAUAUCCAAUGUUUCCUCCCUUUAUGGUCUUGAUUUAUGGGCUACUACUAAAAUGAGGCUGCAUUUUUAGCGGUAUUUUAAGCUGUAUUUUAAUUAACUGUUUUUUCCCCCCAUUGCGUUUUAUUGUAAUUUAUAUUUGGUGUUAGCCGCUCUGAGCCUGGCCCUCGCCGGGGAGAGCGGGGUAUAAAUAAAAAAAUUUUCUUCUUCUUCGUCUUAUAUAUAUAAAUAAAGUGGGUUCUUUAAUAGCUCCCUUCUUUCAAUUAUAUGAUAUUCACUAAUUUAUAUUGGCUCAUUUUCUUCUUUCUCUCUUUAUUUUUUAUUUGCUGACAUAUUAUUAUGGAUUAUCAUAGUAAUUAUUGCUGUUUAAAAUUAAUUUAUAAUUUCAUGUAUUUUUGUAAAUUGUGCGGUUAUUGCUUGAAUUUCUGUUUCAGUUAAAAUAAAAUAUCAAUAAUAAUUUUUCCUUCUAGCUUUUUGCAGGCUUGAGGUUUUUCACCUUUUUCUAAAAUAAUCCUGAAUUUCACCUAUCCAGUAACUUUAAUACAGUGUGUGUGUGGGAAUGGGGCGGGAGGUAGAAUAGGAAUCUGAAAACUUGACUACCAAGUAGCUGCAUUUAAUUUAUAUUCCUAGUCAGAUUUUCUGGGCAAAACCCUCAAAGUUUAGAACAUUUUUUUAAAAAAAAGAACCUUAAAAACAAUAUAUGAUACAUGAAUAAUUAGAACAACAGUUAAGAAACAUUUUGUCUAAUGGAUUUCUGGGAAAAAUAAUGUGUCAUGAAUAAGUUUUGUGGUGCAAAACAGGCAUAUAAAACUAAAAGGCUCUAGUAAAAAAGAUGUUUUGGGGAAGUAGUAAUGAAAGGGACAGUUCAGAAACCACAGGAAGAGCUAUGUAUAUUUUUAGUAUAACUUUUUUCAAUUACAAUAAUGAGAGAGUACUAAAAAUGUGGUGUGCAUUGUGUCUCUACUUUGUUGUGAAAUUUUCAGUAACCACUCAUCUAGCUGAAGCUUUAGAUUUGCAUUUCUAGUCAAGCAAAGUCUAUAUAUCUGAAAUUAAAUCCACUAUAAUAAUGUUUAUUAAACAGAGUUGCAUCUACCAGCAGAGCAGUUUUCACCACUAGUGCUUGAUCUCGUAGCCACAAUGGCUCCUGCCACUGUGUAGCUGCUGUGACCACUUUUCCAUUUUGUUCUUGAGCUAUUUUGGGAUAGGCUCUUAUUAGUUACCAGUUCGUCUUCCUCACUUCUCAGUAUGCCUCAGAGUAGAUUCUCCUGAGCCCAUAUAACUUUCUGAGUCAAGGAGCCGCAGGGCAGCUUGUACAAAAAAUUUGGUGCUUUGCAGGUUAACAGAUGCUGCAGGAGGACAAAUGGUCAGAUGAAGACUUUCUAUGAUGCUUGUGAUAACCUGAUAGGUUAGCCAAUGUGGAGCCCUCCAGAUACUUUGGACUGCAACUCCCAUCAUCCCUGGGCAUUCUGGCUGGAGCUGAUGGAGUCCACAACAUCUAGAGGGCAACAUGUUUGCAACCCCUCGACUAGGCAUUAUUCAAGAAUUGCAAUAUGCUACAAGUAGACCAUUGAAGUUUUAAUCUGACACCGAGGAGGAGGAUGAAUCUAGCAUGUGUGUGGUAUUUCUGAAUUGGAGAGACUUUGGAGGAAAAGGAGUGAAAAAAAUGAGGUGUUUUUGCAUUUGGUUUAACUGUUGACCAGUUCAGCAUACUGUAUGCAACUAUUUUGAAGCUGCCUUUCUCCCCUAAAUUAAUCACUGUAGGUAAGGAAGUGCUGGUUCUGGGAAUAUGGUGCAAGCCUGAGCAUUAUAACACAGGGAAGGGUUAUCUAUCCGCUCCUCACCUAUAUUGCCCGCUCCAACCAUAAAUCACGUAGUACUAUAGAGGCAGAGAAGCUACAUGUGCAGCUCCAACCUGAACAGUGUGGAGGAAAGUGUUCUCCCUCUUGUUACUGGUUGUGGGAAUUCUGUGUGUGUGUUCAUGCUCCUUGUUGAAAGGGGUGAGGGUGGAAAUGGCCUUUUUGGGAUUAGCUCUUCCUCUUGUUUUUAUGAAAGGUGUUUGCACUGGCUUUCAAAAACUUUCCUCCUUCCUUAAUUUAUAGCUGAUGGAACCUUUACAUUUGCCAUCAAGCAUGACCUUGACUCCCUCUUAUGGAAAGCUGCUUAAUGUGAGAUUUCCAAAUGCAUCCUAGCAUUCUCAUUGAAAUUCUUUCCUGGGUUCUUGGUCUACAGUUUAACUACACCUCGUGGCAGGAUUGUGCCCCACAGAUGAUGCCACAAAUUAUGCUUAUGAAGUCUAGUGCUUAAGACUGAAACUUUUAUCUUUCAAGAGAAGAAGAUUGUAUUUGACAUGUUUCUGCCUUUUUAAUUUUCUGUAGGCAGACUGACUUUCUUGCUGCAAAAUUGUCUUAGCAGCACUGACAUGGUCAUGUGACACUUGUAUUCAUGCUUAAUUCUCAGGGGUAAAGUCUGAAAUCUUUGCGGCGUGCAUUAUUUUUUAGCCCCAACAAAGCUCUAAAAUGGAUAUUAUCACUAUCAUUUUUCAGUCUUGCAAUUAUUUAUUAUGGGAAUGGUUGGCCACCCGUGGUUUCGCCUUUCUGUUUCUCAGGCAUAUUGCUUCAAUUACACAAACGCUAUCUCUCCUGUCUGGGAUUAUUCUGGUGUUAUAUCUUCCAGUGUUGGUAGGAGAGAGAGAGAGAGCACAAACAUGGUGCUAACCCUGUUUCAUGGGGUUAGAGGAAAGGCCACAGUUCCUCUUUUCAGUUUGUAACUAUUUUGAGGAAACUUGAGGGUAAACAGGUAGCUUUAACAGGCACCCCCAAACUCGGCCCUCCAGAUGUUUUGGGACUACAAUUCCCACCAUCCCUGACCACUGGUCCUGUUAGCUAGGGAUGAUGGGAGUUGUAGUUCCAAAACAUCUGGAGGGCCAAGUUUGGGGGUGCCUGCUUUAACUCUUUAAUAAAAAAAGAGAGGACGGUUAUCAUGGGAGUUCCCUAAAUGGUCUGUAUUGGGAAUGUUGCAAUUUAAUUUGUUUGCCAUCUUGACUGGAUCAGUGAAGUACUCAGGCUUGUAGAUGACACCAGAUUAUUUCAAUAGACAAGCUGUUGUUUGGUGAUAAAGCAUAUGGUAGUGCAUGUGGAAUGUGUUGUAUGUAAUAUCAUGCAAUUCCAUUUAAAAGUACCUCUGGUAGCAGGGCUGUGAAAUACCUUGGAAUGACAGCAGCUCUGUAGAGUAGGGAUAGUCAGUUGGUUUGUUUUUUAUUACAACUUCCAUCAGCUCCAGCUAGCAUGGCCAAUUGUCAGGUUGUAGUCCACAACAUUUAGAGCAGGUGUGUGGAAUAUUUGGCUCUCCAGAUGUUGAUGAACUCCAACCUCCGUGGACAAUGGCCAAAUCCUGGAGCUUGGGGGACCUUUAGAAACAGUAUGGGAUAUAGAUAGCUGAAGAGCGAAGAGAAAUUGGAAGAAAUCACCCCCCUCCAAGAAUGGAGGAGCAACAUGGGAUCCACGCCAAUGUAGUGGCCUCUUACUUAAGCCCUCUGCUGAAAGCUUAUGAAUGGUUCAUUUCUCUUUAUUUCUGGAAAUAUGUGCCCUCGAUAAUUUCACAUGAAUCUAAUCUAGCCAAUAAAGUCUGUUCCAGGAAGGCUAAUAUAAGACUAGCUUUCUUUGUAAUGGGCACACUACAAUCAUAUUUAAUGUGUUUGGUACUCCUUUAAUGAUAAGAUAAAUGUUGCUUUUUUUGCUCUUUGUUCUGCUUCUAGUGACCAGAUGUGUAAGUGAAUAUUUUCAUUGAUUGCUACAAUUUAUUUGGCUCUUGAGAAGGUGAGGGGCCAGAACACUCCCCCACCUUUCCCAAUGGCUUUUCCAUGUGGAUGGCAGUUUCAGAUCUCAUCUUAAUAGAACAUUUAAAAAGUGAGAAGCGUACUUGUAAAACUUUCCUAAGCUAUAAUUAGGAAGCUGGAGGUUUUCUCUGUGCAGUAAACAGUAGUUUAGCAGUAAAUUGAGGCAUUAUUCAAACAGAACAGAGUACAGUUGACAGCUAUGUCUCCAUGUCAGCCCAUUUCACAGUUACUUGCUUAACUCACAUCUCAUAAAGUGGAAUAAAUGUUUAUUUGCUAGUUAUAAGUAAAACUGUCUCUCACCCACCCAAUCCUAAUCUUUCUACAAAGUACUGCUGGUGGUCAACAAAAGAGAUUUAAAGACUGUCUUAAGGCAAAUUUUAAAAAAUGUAGUAUAAACACCAACAAUUGGGAAACACUUGCCUGCGAGCGCUCCAGUUGGAACAGCCUUUACCAAAGGUGUCAUGGGCUUUGAAGACACUCGAACUCAGGACGCAAGGGAGAAACGUGCUAAGAGGAAGGCCUGUUGGCAAAUCCACACCGUGGUCAACUCCUGCCCGGAAACCAAUGUCCCCACUGUGGAAGGAUGUGUGGAUCCAGAAUUGGCCUCCACAGUUACUUACGGACUCAUUGUUAAAACUGUGUUUAUGGAAGACAAUCUUACUCGGCUACAAGUGAUCACCAAAGAAGAAGACAUUUAUAGUAUAACAAGUUACAUAUUGUAGAGGCAAACUUACAUGCCUGAUUUUGGAGGGUGGAAAUCCUUUUGGCUCUGUACCAUUCCUUUAACCCAUACCAUCUGAAUUCAGAACAAGCUGAAACUCAUGAUUUUGGGGGUGGGGACAGGGGGAUAGGCACGUGAAUGAACAAUGUUAAAGUGUCCUGAAAUAGAUGGAAGCUGUUCAGUUUUAAGUGUUCAGUGAAAGGUUGCAAAAAUUGACUUCAGUAAAAACAAAAAACACCAAAAUUUGAAAUAUUAAAGUUGUAGUUCACCGGAGAUCUCCCUAUGGCCUUCCAGAUGCUGUUUGACUCAAACUCCCCUCAGGUCAUGCUAGCAGGGACUGGUGGUACCUAAGAGACAAACAGCAUCUCGAGAGCCACAGGUUCCCCACUCCUGCAGAAGAAUGCAGUGUGCCUAAAAUUAAAAUAGGAAAGAAGAAUCUGGUCCCAGGCAUGAUUUCUUGCAUUCUGUGGCAGCAGCAGCUUUGGAGGUGUAGAAGCAUUUUCAGAUGGUUCAGAGAGAGAAUUUUUACUUGAAUUUUGAGGUUCUCUCACAACACACACACACAUGCAUACACUCAUUUGUUUUUCUGUGAUGUGAUCUCACAUAGUGGAAUGUUGUGUGUGAAUGACGCAACCAUGUGGUAGGGACAGAUUGAGUGGUAUUUUCCCAUGUAGUCAGCAUGAUCUCGCAAUACAGAAAAGCAGCUCCCACACAACUGCAGCUAGGUGUGAAGGACACCUGGGACUUGCUAGCUUGUCAGCAAAUAGUCUGUUUUGAUGACACUGUGCCAGUGAAGCCACAAGUUCAGCCACUACUUUCGGAAAAUCUGAGCAGUGUUAACUCUGUUACCAAUAAUUGGGGUUUGUUUUGGGUUUUUAAAAAUCCAUUCAUUCUUACUCACUCCCAGUUCUUUCUUCUUCUGUUGCUGCAUAUUAUCCUAGAACAGCCCCUCAACUUCAUGUCUAGGAUAUUCUGGGAUAUUCAAUGAAGAAGGCAGCUUUUUAUAGUUUACAGAGUAGGGAUGGAAGGUUAUAUCACUUCUGGUUCUCUCAGUUUCAAAAUUUCCAAUCUUCAGUCUACUUCUCUACAAUGUGCAACAAUUUGCUUUUUUACAUAUAAAAAAACCAUCAUGGAAAUUAUUCAUCAGAUUUGUGCGAAUUUCUCCGAAUAAACACAUUUCGAAAUGCAGGCUUGAUUGGUAUACAUAUUUUUGCAAGCAGUUUUCCUUAGUACAAUUGAUUUUUCUAUGUUUUUUUCAUUAAUAUUUUCUUUUUGAUGAACACUUUGCCAUACAUUAUGCAUUUUUGUAAACACUGGUUGGGGAAUUGCAUUGCAAAAUUUGGAUGAGUGCAAAUUUUGAAGGCUAUCUGUGCUUCAUUUCAUAUAUGGAGAGGUAGGAGUCUGGAUUCGUAGACUGCACUGAUCAUGGGGUCAUUUUCUCUUGAAUCCAAGGCAGUUAACUCAUUGGAACUCACAUUUUUUUCAAGCAUUUCAAGAUGGAAGGGCGUGGGAUUAGGGAGAUUUUAAGAAGAGAACAGAAACCUUCUCUAUGCUCAAGUAGCAGCAAGAAGAAAGCAUUGAAUGGAAGAUAAUGGACUUUUAUAGCUGACCAGGGCACAUCUCUAUCGCUUGCUUAUAGGACAUAGAACCAACUCCUAAGAAAAGCUUAGGAGAGGAGCAUAGUGGAUUCAAGAAUACAAUCAUGUCUGCCACAAGUCCAGAAUGUAGAAGGAAUAUUUUUUAAUUUUUGGUAAUGGUAAUAAUUAAGUUUCUAAUGCAAUCAAAUCAGCAGGGUAUAAAGCCCAGUAGCUUACCAACUCUUUAUAGAGCCAAAUAAGAGUAAGAUUCUGAUAUUUGGGCUACUGAGCCUAGGGCUUGCCGAUCAGAAGGUCGGUGGUUCGAAUCCCCACGAUGGGUUGAGCUCCACGAUGAGUUCCUGUUGCUCGGUCCCAGCUCCUGCCAACCUAGCAGUUCAAAAGCACGUCAAAGUGCAAGUAGAUAAAUAGGUACUGCUCCGGCGGGAAGGUAAAUGGCGUUUCUGUGCUCUGCUCUGGUUUUGCCCGAAGCGGCUUAGUCAUGCUGGCCACAUGACCCAGAAAAACUGUCUGCGGACAAACGUCGGCCCUUGGCCAGUAAAGUGAGAUGAGCACCACAACCCCAGAGUCGUCCGCAACUGGACUUAACUGUCAGGGGUCCUUUACCGUUACCUUUACAACAAGUUUAUAAACCAUAGUUAGGAUUUGAUUUAAUAUACAUGUCUAGGUUAGCAGUCUGAGCAUGAUUUCCAGUCACUAUAGAGUGACUGGAGUAUUUACUGUACAUAGUGCAAAAUCACACAUAUAACCAAUACGACAGUUGUAGCCAGCGUGGGUAGUCUCAGUCAGCAUGACCAAUGAUCAGGGACACUGGGAGUUGAAGUCUAACAUUGGAAGACACUGUAGUGGUUACUCCUGAUAUAAAAACACUUCAUGUGCUUUAAAAUGCAACCCUAAAUACCUUUUCUGACUUCAGAUCCUGAACUGAUGACUUAAGCUUGCCAUCAGUCCUGUUUUUCAUUCCUUCUAGACUCUUUAUCAUAUAACAGUAGUCAAAGUUUUUUUUUCUUUUGAAAGGCUAGCUCUAAGGGUGCUGGAUUUAAGGUCUGAAUUUGUGGAGAUACAUAAAGGCAUAUGACUUUCAACCAGUGGGGACAGUACCUGCAAAUAAGUGCUAUAGAGAACCGACUCUUCUGCUCAGUCCUUAACUUUGUCUGCUUCCCCCUCUCCUUUUAGAUUGUUUUGGGUUAGGAAUCAUGAACGGGCGUCUUCCUCUCCUCUUUGCUGCCUUGAUCUCUGCGUGCCUUUGCUUCCCACCGAGUCCUCUGUCUCUUGAGGAACUGGGCUCAGACAUUGGGAUCCAAGUUUUCAAUCAGCUGGUCAAAAGCAGGCUGAAGGAGAAUGUUGUGGUUUCCCCGCAUGGAAUUGCAUCAGUACUUGGAAUCCUUCAACUUGGAGCCGAUGGCAAGACAAAGAAACAGCUAACAACCGUGAUGAGAUACAGUGUAAAUGGUCAGUUGUUUUGAUCUGUUGUUGUGGGCUUUGGGGUCUUUGUGUUCUUAUGGGAAAUUGCGGUAUAGGUGAGAAUUAUUUUAGUCACUGAUACAAAGUGGGUCUGAUAUCAAAAACAGUAGAUACUGUGUUUGAGAACACUAGCCAGUUAUCAUGGUCUAGUGUGUAUUAAAUAAGUGACAGUGAAGCAGUAUCUCUAAUACCCGAAGGCAUCUUUGGGCACAGUGUGAAGCAUUGAUGCUAAACACAGUAAGUUCAACAAGGACUGUCCUCGUGGUUCCAAAGAAAACAGAGUUGAGUAUCAUUGACAGGCUUGUAGGGGAAGAAUAAAAUGCCCCUUUAUGUGGGACUGGCAGCUUUUCAUGCCUGCCUCCAGAUGUUGACUAAAAUAUCCCUGCAUUUAGUGAUAAAUUAAAUCCACAGUACUACAGUGGUGCCUCGCAAGAUGAAAUUAAUUCGUUCUGCAAGUUUUUUCGUCUUGCGAAGCACGGUUUCAAUUUUUUCAAAAAAAUCUUCAAAAACCUCAAAAAAGGCUACCACACCGCGUGCUAUGAGUUGCUCCCCGAAGUCAAGUCGCAACUGCACCUCUUCAAGCAAUGCACCCUGUAUUACUGUAACGGUUUUAAGAAAAAGGAAACAAACUUGCAAGACGUUUCCGUCUUGCGAAGCAAGCCCAUAGGGAAAUUCGUCUCGCGAAGCAACUCAAAAACCGAAAAACUCUUUCGUCUUGCGAGUUUUUCGUCUUGAGAGGCAUUCGUCUUGCGAGGUACCACUGUAUUGUGGUAUCAAACUGUACAGCCUUUCCAAAGUUCUGCUUUUCUACUCAGGAUCUUGCUUUUGUCAGGCUGCAUUCCUGACACUGGCAGGCAUCAGGGUUGCAUUCCUAGCCAGUAACCCUCCCUUGACAGGAGCUCACUAGAACUUGUUGCCUCCCUGGGUGUUUUGCAAGUGCCAGUAUGAUUUACAAGCACAGUUCAGAAUGGUAGUACCACCGUAAACAUAACUCACUCUAUUCAUACCUUCCUCCCCAAAAUAUUAAUUAUAAUGGAACAUUUCCCUAUGCCUACUGAAACAAGAAUACUGUAAUGUACUAGCAAGUUCACUAUUGCACCAUGAUUUAUUUUUUCUUUUGGGAAAUGGAAAUCACAUAUUGCUGAGUCCUUUUCCAAACCCUGAAGAUAAGAACUCUUUUGUGGAGUAAUCUUGAAUACCAAGAAUUUUAUACAUAAUAGAUCUAUUUAAAUCAUCUGCAAGCAUCUUGGUCCGCUGAUAUUUUUUUCCUGAUUAUAUUCAGACCAUUCUUGUCAUGGAACUCCCUACACAAAAGUUUAAGUACUUUUCCCCAGCCACUUUGCAUUGGAACGCCAAACAGCAUGACACCUUCAUGGUAGGCAAAGCAAUUCCUCUCAUGGAACUAUAGGCCCUAGAGUAUGGUUUAGCAAACAGGAGAGCUAGCAGCAAGUCACAGCCUACUUCUAUCAUUUGCCCACAGUGAACUGCUUAAAUAAAUUGGUGGCAGUGCCCAGAAUUUGCUCUGAGGGUGCGCAAUGGGUAAAACAGCAAUAUUGCAAUCCAAGUGUACCUCUGUGAUUAUAUUCAUGCCCACCAACAGUGGGUACCUUUCUCAAGGCUUCUUUAUCUCUCUUGCAGUUUAUCUGUUAAGUGCAUUUGAUUGAUCUGUUGUCUUGGUACAUUGCUUGAACUUCGAAAAUGGGGCUGUCUGUUGGGCAUGUUCCAUAAUGCCUAAGGUUUGCUUGGCUCUGGAAUCCAAACGCAUUUGGAAGUAGAUUCCACUGGAAUAACUGGAACUUGCUUCUGAGUGAACAUGCCCCAGAUCACAGUUUUAGGUGGCUUCUCAACCUCUGUUUGUGUGCUUACCACUGCUUAUUUUGAAGAGGGUAUUUUAAGCAUUUAUUAUUUUUUUUACUAAAGAUUCUUGCUUGUUUUUCAAUCAGGUGUUGGCAAAGUACUGAAGAAGAUAAACAAAGCCAUAGUCUCAAAGAAGAAUAAAGAUCUUGUGUCAAUUGCAAAUGCUGUCUUUGCAAAAAGUGGCUUGAAGCUGGAAGUGCCUUUUGUUUCAAGAAACAAUGAAGUCUUUCAGUGCAAUGUUAAGAGUGUGAACUUUGAGGACCAGAACACUGCAUCUGAUACUAUCAACCAGUGGGUCAGAAAUGAGACCAAGGGUAUGAGAUGCCAAACAGCUAACUUUUGUCUCCCUCCCUCCCCCCCCCCCGCCUUGUUAUCCCGUCUGUCUUGUUUCUGCUCUGGUUGUUAGAUUUAUCUCUCUUCCCACUCUUAUUCACUACUGCUAACAUGUAGACCAUAAGCUACUUGGAGAAGGAACUGCUCUGUUUUGAUUUGGUUAUAAUGUAAAGCACAUUGAUGGAGUAGAAUAGUAAUAAAAGAGUCUUGGAUUGAGCAAUAUCCCUUUGCGUCCCUGGUCCCCAGCACCCCUGACUUAGAGAACAAAGCAGGUAGAACACAGUGUUUGGGGUCAAAUAAGGCCACAACUUUCUUGAUUACACAUGUUAAGAGGUUUGGCAUAGACAUUGGGUGUAACCAUAGAACAUCCAUCCCGCCUGCUUGGAAGUAUUACGGUCGGGGUCAAUCCAGAGGCAGGGAGGACCUAUGACUUAAAUCAAAUAGGUUUGCCCCUGUGGGGUUGCCACCUUGAGGAGUGCUGUGGCUCUAGCUUCCACUUGGUGUCUGGAAAAAGCAUUUCCGGUUCCAGUAUUCUUUUAAUGGGAUGCCCCUUUCCCUAGGAGAGGCAGGCAGAGGCUUACAACCUCCCCUCCAACAAGCCAACCCAAUGCCAAAACCAUCACCUGUGUCUUGGAUUUGGCAGUAUCCCUUUCUGGAGCCUCUAGUCCCUGCUGCAACUGGUCUCUUCCUCUUCAGCUUAACAUUUCUUUCCAAAUUCUUUGAAAAACUGAGCUUUAAACAUCUGAAGCAUUUGGACUGAUUUUGUACACCCUGCCUGCAAGUACAGGCUGUUCUUUUAAACAUAUAAAGUCUAAAUCAAACUACAAAAUAGCCAUUAAUAUCAAAUCUUUUUCACUAAACUUGUAACAUCCUCUUGACUACAUUAUCUUCUGUGUGAGCACACAGGUAGUGGCGAUUUCUUUGAUACUUGCUUAUCUCACUGUUUUGCCAAGAACACAAUCUCCUCAAAAAAAUUCUCUUCUGUCCCUGUAUUGAUGGAAAGUUCCUUUCCUUCCUUGUGCUUUUCUUUAUAUCCACUCCUUUGAUUGUUCUUUGUUCUUUUUUAUGAUGAGAUCUCAAAGAAAAAGCACCAAUGGCAAAUAAAGUGGGUAGUAUUUGGGCCAGGGAGAAAGCUGAACGUUAUUGAAGCCCAUUGAUUUCUUGUUUGUAAACUCAUAGUGUUUAGUAAAUUGCUUACUGAUUUAUAUUACUUUUUUAAAAAAACCCAAAACACUAAUAAAAAAGCCCAUGGACUGAUUUGCCCCUGGAAUUUAGAGGAAGAUUUUGAACAACGUCUUUGAACAACGGAGGGGGAGGGUGUCCCUUAGAACACCCUUCCCCAACUUGGUGCCCUCCAGAUGUUUUGGAUCAUAACUCCCACCAGCCACAUAUGAGAGGGCACCAGGUUAGGGAAGGCUACAUUAGUACAAGAUGGAUUUCAAUGGGUUUGAUCCAGGCAAACCUCCAAGUGUAUUGAGAAUAUUUGAAGAAAGUUUGGCAGCGACCCAAGGCUAGUUCCAGGGGUUGGGAGCUCUAGACCCUCUAUCAAUCUUUCUUGUGCUUUACUAAAUCACAGCAUGGGUCUUCUGUGCAUUCUCUUGGUCUGAAUCUUCUUGUAGCUUUUAUUUAAUGUAACUUGGUAUUGAAUUGCCCCCCCCCGCCCCUUUUCCCUUUCAGCUUUUCUGAUUAUUAAGCUUCUUUUUCUGCUCGUAAAGUAUAGUGUUUUCUUUUGUGCUUUUCAGGUAUGAUAGACGGCAUCGUAUCUCCGGGUUCUCUUGAUAGUGAGCUGACCAGAUUGGUGCUGGUAAAUGCAGUAUACUUUAAGGGACUAUGGAAAUCACGUUUUCAGCCAGAAAACACAAAAAAGCGAACAUUCAACGGAGCUGAUGGAAAGACUUACCAAGUGCCUAUGCUGGCUCAGUUGUCAGUGUUCCGAUGUGGUAUGUUCAAUAUUUUUUUUUCUUUGCUGGACUGGUUUUUUUUUUCAUCCUUAAAGCAGCAGGUGCCCAUCUUGCCUGCUUUCCCCCAGUUUCUGAUGAAGGCAAGGUAAAAAAACUGGAGAAACUCAACAUGUAUAAAACCAUCAAAGAGUACAUGCUAAAUUUUGUGGUGGUGUUGUUUGUGGAAGGCACCAAGCAUGAGAACAGCAAUGGUUUUGCUGGUAUGGCUCUGCACGACAGAUAGGGAACCUGUGUCCCUCCAGAUGUUGUAGAACUACAAGUUCCAUCAUCCCUGGCUUUGGGCAGUUCUUCCUGGGGUUGAUGGGAACUGGAGUGUGUGGAACUGUCAUUGUUUCUUUGGUGUGUGCACCCACUAGUAUUGAUGCUAUCUGCGGCCCCCUUUUUAUCCUAAGCUUGGCUAUGUAGUUACCAUUUCUUGGCCAGUAACACUUUGAUUAGCUCAGAUUCAUGCUGAUUCCUUUGAAAAAUACUUCAUGAUGAUUUCAGUUGUCUUGGAGGAGGCAGCUAAUGGAAGUCUCUGCCUGCUGAGAAAGAAGUGCUCUGAUGGUGUUUCCUGCUUGGCAGGGGGUUGGACUCGAUGGCCCUUGUGGUCUCUUCCAACUCUAUGAUUCUAUGAUUCUAAGUGAUUCAGCACGAGCAUUUUAAAUCUUGUAACAUUUCCAAACUCAGUUCCAAUCUAUCAUAGGGAGUGUUUGAACAAAAUGAAGUGUUUUCGAAGAAUGCGGAACCAGUGUCCUUGCAGAUGAUGCUGGAUUCCAGCUCCCGUUAGCCCCAACUAGCAUGGUCAGUAGUCUGGGAAGAUGGGAGUUGUAAGUCAACAACAACUGGAAGGCCACAGAGUUCCCAAUCCUGUGCUACUUUAUCCCUUUCAGAAUUCCCUCUUCCAAUGAGAUGUGGUCAGGUGUCCUUUCAUUCUUGGCAGAAAUCCAGCACUAACAGCUCCGAUCUUCUGUUGAAACAUUUUGUGUUGAUAGAUAGCAUAUGGUCUUCCUAAUAAGCAUUAGUACUCUCAUCCCCUUAAAGAAACCCAAGCUGGAUUAACAGGUUUUAGCUCCAUAAUUCAUAAUUAAACGUUCAUACCUCAACACAUGCAUCAAAUUGAGACUCUGAAUAAAAAUGGAGGGGGUGGGAAGUGAGAACAGCUUUUAAAAAUUGCACCAGUUAAUUGGGGGCCAAGCACAUAGAGUGCAAUAUUGUGCAUGUUUGCUUGGAAGCAACUCCUACUGGGUUCAAUGGGCUGACUCCCUAGUAAGUGAAUUAGGAUUCCAGCCCACUUUGGAAAGUCUUCAUUAGCUUGUUCAUUUUGAUUAAUUAAACUUGGCAACUCUAAUACAAAUGCUAGCUUACAAAGAUUCUGUAUUUCACAACAGACUAUUGCUAUUUGCAAUACUGCAAAUCUAUAACGGGAUGUUUGAUAUUUCAAGAUUUCUGAAAGAGGCACCUUAUUGCUAAUAAAACUAUUACUGUAAUCUUUUGAAGUUUCCAGUUGAACCUUACAUUAUUACUAGCAGGAUGCUUGUUUAAAUGCUGAAUGUAAAGAACAAUGAGAAUAGCUAAAAAAGGGAUAACAUGAGUCCUUAAAAAUUAAAAACCUUUUCAUAUUUCUGUUGAAGGUACCCCAUUCUCCUUAGCAUACGCAGCAUUUGAGAAUAGAAGCUUUUUACUGAAACUCUAUAAUACCAACUGGAAAACAUUGUGCACGCAAUAAUAAUUUGCUGUAGUUUUUCCAACAUUGUAUUUUUGUUGUUUAGCUAAGCCACCUGAUUUCUCAUAUGGAUGUCCUGCAGGAGCGUCAAGAGUCGAUGUUCUGUUUGAAUCCUUUACCUCUUUGAUGAUAGUUUUAAAAACUUAAUAUUUACACGUUAUCAUUUGGCCAGUUGCAACCUUCUUACAGUUUUAACAUUAAUUCUUAUCCAAAGAGAGCAGUUCUAUUUUUAGGACUGUUUUCUUGCCCAGUGUAAUUUUUUGGGGUGCGAGGUGGCAAAAGGAAGGCCGUCUGUUCUGUGUUUGGUCUGCCCUAGCCUCACGUAGCAGGGAAAUUCAGCUUGUAUAUAAAGAAUCUGCUGAAGACAUUGCUAGAUUUUGGUACCUUUAGGUAGCAAACUUCCUUCUUCCAAAGAAUGCCAUGUUCAUUAUUGUUAUGCUGUCACUGAGAUAGCUCGUGUCACCUAUACUAAUAGCGAAUUCAGGUGCUGUUACUUUUAUUAAGUAGAAAUGAUAACAACAUUUAUAUAUCACUUGAUGGUUGUAAAACCUCUAAGCUGCUUGCAGCAUUAUUAAAAUUAUCAAUAAAACAGAUCGCAAUAUUUAAAGAUAAUUAAAGUUAACUGUAAAAAGGUUAAAACACACCCAUAUCUGUGGGUCUGGGCAGGCUUGCCUGAACAAAAAUGCUUUAAGUUGUUGUGGCAGCUUUACAGUGAAAACAGGGCUGCUGAAGCAGUAGGUAUCAGCAUCUUCAGGGAAGCUCCAAGGCUUGCAGAAGUACAAAGCAAAAGAAAAGGGGGGACACUGUCCUCUCAAAAAGGCUCAAAGACAGACAUACUUAGAGCUGCAAAAUGCUUGGGUAGUUGGGGCAAGCAAUGCGUUUGCUGUAUUUCCUGACUGUUUUCUUGAUGUCCUCAUAAUACCAGAUUCAUGGCUAGUGUUCAGAAGUUAUGUAGAGACAGUUGGUAUGACACUUGGCCGGUUUGGGGAUGUCUUUGCCCCAGUUUCGAACAUGGCAUGAGAAGAUAGGGAAAGCCCCUUUUUUUUGUUUCUGUGUGUCUCUUUCCUUUCAGCUUUAAUCCAUUGCAGAACAUUGAGAAACAAUUGCUAUCAGUAACAUGCUUCACAUGCAAUUAUAUUCAGGUAUUCCACCCUGGUAUAUGCAGUAGUGAAAAGGGUGGGUUAUGCAUUUUAAAAAGUUUAGUUGUGGCACCACAAUUUCUGUAACAUUCUUUAAAGGAGGCUUCACCAGCCCGAGGAAGGAGAUGGUUUUAGGGCAAUGCUGGUGGAGCAGGGAAAGAGAAAUAGUGAUUCUUACCUGUGCAUUUCAUUGGCCUUUUACUUGUGUGUGAGGGUGUUUAUAUAAACAUUAAGAACAUAAUUUACGGAGCAUAAUAAUAGUCAGAAUAAUAAUAAAAUAAUCACAAGAACAGGCCUCUCCCCACACACAUUUAACAGGCCAUAUAUUAUUUAAUGGCUGGAGGCCUGAGUAAAGAGGAAUGUUUUCAUCCAGCGCCUAAAGACAUGUAAUGAUGGUGCCAGGCGAGCCUCUCUGGGGAGAGCAUUGCACAAAUGGGGAGCCACCACAGAAAAGGCCUGUUCUUGUGUUGUCACCCUCCAAACCUCUCAGGGAGGGGAGACAUAGGGAAGGGCCUCAGAAGACAAGUGGAGGGUCCGGGUCAGUUCUUAUAGGGAGAGGCGGUCCUUCAGGUACUGAGGUACCAAGCCAUGUAAGGCUUUAUAGGUCAACACUUUGAAUUAGACCCAGAAACUAAUUGGCAGUCAGUGCAGUCAGGCCAGGAUCGGAAUUAUAUGCCUUGUCUAGACAUGGAAUAGUUGGUAUUCACCAGUGUGCAUUAGAAUCAAACUUAAUCAUAAGUUUUGUUUAUUCAGGCCUGUAUCAGGAUCAUUUGCUGAAAACAUUGGGGGAUGUCAUAAUGACUCCCUGUCACCCCACAAAACCCCUGAAAUUUCCAUGAACCAGCCUGUGCAGGUGUGCUGUCUGAAAAUCUGUAGCAGCAGAAAACAUUGCACAGGCAGAGUCUUCAGACAGUCAGAGCUGGAAGUCUGGGCGGCUGCCUGUUGCUACUUGCUUUCCUUCAGCUUAGCCUGAAAGGUAUGAACAAACUCCUUGGCAUCAGGAUGAACAUCAUCAUAAUAAUAAAUUUUUAUUAUAUCCCACCCUCCCCAGCCAAAGCUGGGCUCAGAGCGGCUAACAGUAAAAAUAGCACAGUUUACAUAAAAUCACAGUCAAUUGAUUGAAAUACAUUCUAAAAUCAGUUCAGAAUCAAAUUAAUGGCAACCAUUGGGCUAGAGUUAUAUGAGGAUUACAGAAGGAGAGAGGGGGUCAGACUGUGCCUUGGCCAAAGGCCUGGUGGUCUUGCAGGCCCUGCGGAAAUAUGUCAAGUCCCGCAGGGCCCUAGUCUCUUGUGACAGAGCGUUCCACCAGAUCGGGGCCACAGCUGAAAAAGCCCUUGCUCUGGUUGAGGCCAGCCUAACCUCCCUGUGGCCCCGGGAUCUCCAAAAUGUUUUUAUUUGAAGACCGUAAGGUCCUCCGUGGGACAUACCAGGAGAUGGCUUUUGUGUUUCUCCCAUGAGCAUGGGAAGAGAAGUUCUGAUGGCCAAUGGGGCCAAAAGGGAGUAGGAACAAGUGAGGCUCCCCCUCCAGCCUGCAAUGUUUGUGGGUGUGCUGGCUUCAUCAUGGUCUCUUCACCUGCAGAGUGAUUAGGAAGGGGAAGAAGUGACCUGCAGGGUCAGGUGCAGGUGAAAUGAAAGGGGCAAGUUGGGAUAUUCACAAGGAAGUUCUGGGGCAAAAAAAUGUCAUUUUUUUCUGCCUUUCUUUGCCAGCAACUUCCUUGUAGAUCCCUAACUCUCCUCCUGCUUCAGGGAACAGGAUGAGGACAAGCUGAUCCAAUUUGUUUCAACAGCUACUUAUUACUGAGGCAGUCUUGCAAUACAGACUGAAGGUUUUCUUGUCUUGGAUUCCCCCCACCCCAUCCCUUUUCUUUUACUUGCCCUGUUUCUUUCAGGCACAACAAGUACUCCUAAUGACUUGUGGUACAAUAUCAUUGAAUUGCCAUACCAUGGUGAAAGUAUCAGUAUGCUGAUUGCUCUGCCCACGGAAAGCACAACUCCUUUGUCUGCUAUUAUUCCUCACAUUAGCACGAAAACGAUACAGAGCUGGAUGACAACUAUGGUGCAGAAGAGAGUGCAGGUUAUUUUACCCAAGUAGGUUCUGUUCCCCCCACUUUAUCUCACACAUAUUUAUGUCACCCCUAUUGAAAAAUCUUUUCGCAGUUGGACUUAAUUUCAGUCUCAGGCUGAUGCUUUUCUGUUGCUCCCACCAGGUUUACUGCGGAGGCAGAAACAGACUUAAAGGAACCUUUACAGGAGCUUGGCAUUCGAGAUAUGUUUGAUCAGUCAAAGGCAAAUUUUGCAAAAAUAACAAGUGAGUUACCCUCUCAUUCUCUUGUCCAUGAGUUUUAGGACCAGGGAUUUGUGGAAAUAAUUUGGUUGGUUUGAAUUUUAUCCCAUUUCUCACUGAAAUUAAAUUAUCAAAACACUGCUUUGUGAUCUGUCAGUGUCAUUUUUUUCAUGCCAAGGGAUUACCUGGUACAAUUUUUUUAGCAGGUGGGGGGAAAUGGCAUAUCUUAAUAACAGCAUACAGAAGCAGAUUGACUUCUCCUUAUGUUUAUGUAUUACAAAAAGGGUUGGCUGCUCCCUGGAAUGUAGCAUGAGGAUGUGUAUACAUAAUAUUUACGGCACAUAUGUUCUGUGUUUGACCCUUAACAGGAACAGGAAACAUUCAUGUAUCUCAGAUCUUGCAAAAAGCAAAGAUUGAAGUGAGCGAAGAUGGAACCAAAGCAUCUGCAGCAACAAGUAAGCAUUUCACUGCUUCCCCAUAAUCAUCAUUAAUGCAUAUAGAAAUUUUAGGUUUUUUAAAAAUAAAAAUAAAAUCGUAAUUUCAUUAAUUUUAAAGUAUAGCUGAAAUGGCAUUGCCAAGCCAGAAUAAUCAUUUAACAGACUUUCAGAAAGCACUUGUGCAUAUUCCACCCCCCCAAGCCGAAUAGGAACUUAGGAAGGCAGACCAAUGGUCCAUCUAGGUCAGUUUUGUCUACACUGACUGGCAGCAGCUCUCCAGGGUUCAGGAUGCCUUUCCCAGCCCUGGAGAAGUGGGAUAUUGAAUCUGAGACCUUCUGCAUGCAAAGCAGAUCCUCUGCCCCUGAGCUAACCCCUUCCCCAGUUAUGUCACUCUGCAAGACAAAAUUCUUCACUUGGAGAUUUUUCUUUUUUUCAGAAAGUAGUAUAGAAUUUUUCUAAAUAAAUAUAGCUUAAAGCAGGGGCAUUCAUACACUCACCAGCGCGAUGUGACUCUCAGUAGCUACUGGACUUCAGCAUUUCCAAAUUAUAGAGUAAUUUGCCCAAAUCUAAUUAUAGUUUAAGAAUAUGGCAUUUUAAGUCUCAGACUGAUGCCUUUCUGUUGCCCCCACCUUGGACUUCUUAAAAGGUAAAUAGAUUAAAUUAUUCAAUUUAGGAAGUACUGUUUAGGCACACCUGCCCAGAUACGUAAUUUUAAGAGAUUAUUUGAUUGGGUAGGUUGUUUUGCAGUUGCUGUUUUUAUUUAUAUUUUUUUGGGGGGGGGGGGAUGAUGUUAACUUGCUUUUAAUGUUUACUUUAAUGGAUAUUAUUUAUAUAAGCCACAUAGAGGGUUUUUUUGUUGAUUAAGCAGUUUAUAAAUCUUGCUAAAUAAAGUGUAAAAAUAAGUUUAGAACCAUCAAGUGACUAUUUUUUCCCUGUUUCUGUUUGUCUAAGCUGCAAUUUUAAUAGCCAGGUCAUCCCCACCUUGGUUUGUGGUAGACAGGCCAUUUGUAUUCUUCAUCCGGCACAAUCCUACAGGUAAGUAAUAUUGACUUUCACUGAAUUAAAUGCAAACAGCCUUCCUCAGGAGACAGAAGCCCGCAGCUGAAAACAGACAUCUCUUACAUGCUUUCUUGCCUUACGAAAUUUGGUCCUCAACCUCCUCCCUCCUUAUACUGUGCAUAAGAGAUUUCUUCUCUUGGAGAUAAUGCAGCAGCCUGCAGCUGCGCAGGAUUUCAGCACUCGAGGGGUUGUUGCCAGGGACUAACAGGCCCCUCUGUUCCACUGGCAUAUUUAUUAGCUCAUCUCCAUAAAUGGUGCAUGCUGGAGGUAAAAAGUGCCAACGCUGUGGAGGAAGAGGACUUCUGGCAUGAGUUCCCAGACACAGGCAGCUCAGGACAUCAAAGGCACAUUAUGCGAUUCCGAAGAGGAGCACUGGCCGGUUGUCAAAACACACAUCUCCUCUCUUUGCUCCACUUCGAAACCCUGUUUUUCUUCUAAUUGAUAUUCUAGGCUCAGUAUGAGCUAGCUGCUUAGGAAAAACACCUUCUCACCUCCUUCACCCCCAUCUCCGAGCAAAAAUGACUCACAAGGGGACUUGAGGGACCAGGACAUCUUAACACAAAGACACACACACACACACACACACACACACACACACACACUUUAUAUAUGCAACAUUUUAGUCAUCUCGUUGUCUCCUCCACUACCACCCAGCAUCAAAGCAGGCUAAGAACAAAAUCUGCUGGCAUGCACUGAAUAUUUUAAAGAUGCCAUACAGAAGUGGCAGGCUGAUUUCAGUGGAAUCUUCUAGGAAGUGUUUCUCCUGGUAGCAGACAUCAGAUGCAUAAGUGAUUUAUUUAUUUUUACUAAAGCUGUACCUAGUAGGUCAGAUCUUUUGAGUAACGGAUCAGAACUGAAAGCCAGCACACUUCGUACAUCCACCUUCUCUCAUGCAGGGAGGUGUAUUGCAGGCCCUUUGUAUUCUCUGGAAGCAGCUACGCUUAGCAAUACCUAGCGAACAUUCAGUUAUUAAUUCAGGACAAGCCCUCUGUAUAUAACUUCAUAAGAAGGGGCUUUUUAAAGCAGGGAGUUGGGAAUGAAAUACUCUGGGAUUGAGGUUCGGGAUGUUUGUUUGUUUCCCUUGUUAAAAUUCAGAGGCCCUAUUCAGGCAAUAAGACCUCAGGGAAUACUGUCUUGCUUCUGAUUUUUGUAGGUUGCUCUGGAAGUCUUGAUGGUGCUUUAAAUAAAUAAAAUCUUGCAUUUUCUAGCACUAGCUUUGGGGGCAGGGGAGAGUACCACACAUGAGUGGGUGUAGGGAUGAGCCCGAUCCCUGUCACCCUCUAUGAGUUCGAGGGCAGCUGUUUAAAGCAGGGAGCUGUUUAAAUCUUCUGGAAGCUCCCCUCGUGAUGCAAAGCCCCAAUUUCCCACAAGCAGAGAAGUCUUCCUGCUGCAGACACUAUGUUUCAAAAAGUCAGGUUUAUUUGUUUUAAGUACUUUUUUAUCCUACUCUUUAGCCAAAAAGGGUCCCAGGGCGUCUUAACAAAAAUCAGCCACAAUUCAGUCUCUGCACUGCAGACUUUGAUUCUACAUACACGGGACACAAGGAAAAAGUAAUUACAAGGAAGAAAGAGAAAAGCAAUCUCAGAGACCAGGCCUUAAAAGUUAUAGUUCUUAUAAGAAACAGCUAAGGUAUAAAUAAUUUAGGUAGCCUAUUGUAAUUGCUGCCACUAGGUGAUAGUUGAAGGAAGGGCCAAAUGCAGCUGUUAUUAAGUAGGCAUGCCUGCCUUAGUUUGUUUUAUUUUAUACAUUUAUAUGCAUAGCUGUCAACGUUUUCCCUUUUUUAAGGGGAAUUCCCUUAUUCCGAAUAGGAUUCCUCACAAGAAAAGGGAAAAGUUGACAGCUAUGUUUAUAUGCCAUGAGAAUCUUAACUAGGUGGUGUGUAUAAUAAACUGAGUUAAAACAAUAAAAAGGCAGAUAAACUGAUAUGCUUUAUCACAUAUUUAUCAGCAGAAGUGUAUAAAGCCACUUAUUAACGAGCAUCUUACAAUAUACAUUUAAAUUAAUUCAAUAAUUUUUUGUUAGUUCUCAGUAUGAAAAGAUUAAGUUUGACUGGUGGCCGAAGUUUGGAAAACAAAUAGUACACAUACUGAUUGAUUGAUUGAUUGAUUGAUUGAUUGAGUGAUUGAUUUGUGUAGCGCCCUUCAUCUGAAGAUCACAGGGCGGUUCACAACAUAAAACUACAAAAUGAGAACACAAAAUACAUAUUAAAGCAAAUUUAUAAGGCCAUUGAAUUUUUAGAGAAUUGUUUUCCCCUGUGGCCUAAAGAUAUGGAAUGAAGGCGCCAGGCAAACCUCCCUGGGUAGAGCAUUCCACAAGCAGGGAGCCACUGCAGAAAAAGCCUGUUCUAAUGUUGCCAACCCUCUGAACCUCUUUGUAGAAGAGGCACAUGAAGAAGGGCCUAAUCCCCAGUCUGUCCCGACAGUGGCAGACCUCAGGCUCUCAAAUUUCAGCGGUGCCCUGUGCAUCGCUAAAAUUCAGUGUGUCCCUGGUCUCUAGCACUUUGUGUUACAGCAGUGUUGAAGGUGCCCCCUGCAGCAUGGUGCCCAGUGCCUUUGCAAAACCAGCUCUUGCCCAAGGCCAAAAACACACCCACUCCACCCUCCCAGGUCUCUGUGAUACAGACCAGAUCUGCCUCCUCGUCCAGAUCAUGGGUUUGGGAGGUCUUACUCAGUGCCAACCUGACAUUGAGCAACACCAGCCGCAGACCCCAGGGCUGCACACAUUCACACUAGAAGGAUCUUUAUGUGCAUUUGAGCUUUUCUUGCUGUCUCCCCCCCCCCCCCCCGACAGCAGAUGCAAACUGAUGAACAGAGCCACUCUCUGAUAACCCACAUACACAAGUAUAUAAAGUGGCUUUUGUGAAUUGGCUAGCUGGGAGCUCAAGUCCAGUGUGCAUGCCUUGCUUUCUUCCUCUCUGUUCUUGGGAAUCAUUGACAGUGUCUGCUGAAGUAAAAUUGCACUGUACUCCAAAAUGUUGAACAUUUUUUUAACUCCCAUUGAUUUUCUGAUACUUGAGUGAAAUUAGGGGAUUUAAAGCUCUUCAGUUUUACCAGAUCCUGUUCCUUAGUGUAAAUUACUAAAUUGAAAGGGAGUCCUUGUCAGGUUUUAGAAACAGGCAGCAAAGUAUCUUUACACAAUAAAAGCAGAAUAGUGGUUUCUACUAGGAUAACUUGGCUCUUUAAAACACAAGUUUUAUCUUUUUUGAAACUCUGUAUCACAUGUAUGAAUGUCUACUGAUUUUUAAAGAAUUCUUACAUAUUGUCUGGCGUUUAACAGUACCAAUUAAUUAAAGUAUUAAAAUUACAUUUUCAUAUACCAACUCUCGCCUCUGAGAAGUUGAAUCCAUGGACUUGUGAGAAUCACCGUUUAAAAGCAGAAGUACUGUUUCCUUUUAGAAGGAAGUGCAAUAUUUGAUGAUAUUCCCUAUUAAAACUAUGCAUCAGAAUCAAAAUGACCUUAAAAUUGAGCCUUUAUCUUUUAGGAUCACAGACUAAAAUUGGGUUCCACUUAAUAGUCAUUAAUACAUUCAAGCUUGCUGCUUAAUUGAAAGCAUUCUUGCCUAGAUUGUAUUGAAUGCUGAACCUUCUGGAGGAUUUUGUUUUGUUACAAAACAGGUGAAUUGUGAAUCAAUCCAAUAUCUGCAAUAACCUUUUCUUGUUCCACAGGUGCAGUUUUGUUCAUGGGACAAGUCAACAAACCUUGAAUGUGGGAGAUUUUCCUUCUGAAGCAAAUUUUAAAAUGAAUGCCCUUCUUCCGUUGAAUAUUUUUGUACAUUAUUAUUUGGCUAUGAACUAGCAUUUAAGUGUGGUUGGUCCAACUAGGUUUUGAAAAGGAGUUUUAAGUAGCUGGGGAGUGUUGUGGAAAAACAGAAUGCCUUUUCAAAACAAGAUUCUUAAAACUACUGAUUAGUUCCCUGUGCUAAUAACUUUUGAAAUUUGGGGGGGGGGGGGUCUUGAGUAUUUUGUAUUGUGAUUUUAAGUCUUAACCAGAGUUGGAACUAAAGGAGCAACUUUGAUUUCUGUUUGGUUUGUACAUAAAUGCCCUCCUGCUACUAUUGCCAUCCACCGAGUGGUUUGAUGAGGCAUCGCCGUAAGAAUUUCAAAGCUUUAGCCAUUUUUAUUUUCUAUUGUGCAUGCACUGCUGAGACUUAAAACAACUAAUGUCCCAGUUAACGCCUUUGCAUUGGUGUAAUGUUAAACUUGUCAUUGCUAGUAUACACUUUCUAUGGAUUUAAAUUUUAUAUUUUUUUGUACAAAGGAAAAAAAAAUAAAGUCAUUAUGAACAGAUGAAAGCAGUGUAGUAUCAGAGUGAUGUUGGCAGAGAUGAUUCGUGAGUUGGAUGUAAAAGGUCGGCUGCCAAGUGGAAGGAAAUGCAAGUUUGAAUUCUCUGGACUGAUGGGAUUUUGCUGUGCUCUGGUUUUCGGUAAACAGCUCCAGCAAAGACUGACCUCCAUUUACUCAAUAUUCUGAAAUGUUCCAGACUGUACUAUGUAUGCAGGUAUCCUAAAAUAUCAUUCCUGGAGGUAAUGCAGGGACAAGAUAAUUGUACGUUAAGAGAAAUUCAUUAAAAAGUGUCUACAACUGGUGUAGCACCAUAAUUAAAUACAGAAGAAAUUGUUAACUGGACACAGCCAGCUCCUUUGGCUAAAGCUUUUUCCAUGUGUGUUUUGGUUGUGUGUACAAAUAAGAACGAGAUGAACUAUGCCAUCCCUUGAGACGGUUGGGUUUUGAAUACUCUGCAGAGAAGUCCGCAUAUUUUCCCACCAGCUUGAUGAAUUUUAGCUGCCCCAACUGAGACCAGGCAUUUUCUCUUUACCUCUCAGUGAUGUUAUACUCAUGAAGCUUAAUCUCUGUUCAGUUAAAUGGAAGUUGUUUCGGAUAUCAGUUACUGUGGUGAGAAUGUAUCUGAAAAAGUCAGUGGUUUUUAUUUUGUAUGUAAAGGGGAAAGAGAAACUCUACAUACAUUCUCCAUACGGUCAGCAAUAAAUGUUCCUUCCUGUUUUGGAAAAAAAUAACCUGUGGUAUAUUUGACGCCUGUUGACUUUCAACACAGGUUGAAAACUUAUUACUACAUGUAUCUUCAUGCCUGUUUUGGAAUUAUUCCAGUUACCACUUUUGUUGUUCUUAUUCAUUUAUACUUCUUAGGACUGCUUCCCACUUUCCCCAGAACAUUGGGCCAGUAGGUGUACAGCUUUAAUUAGCAAAUUUGCCAUGUGAUAAAGAGAACUUGUGCAGCUGAGAGAGGGGUAUAACUUACAUUUGGGAUAUUAACCUAGUGGUGGAUGGUUGCGGAAGGACCCUGAGUGAGAAGCAGGGAAGGGAAGACCUCCCGGGGUGAGAGACCAGGAAAAGAAAAGAAAGCUCCUAAAAGAGAGCUUGGAAGGGUUAAAAACUUUAAGGAUUAAGAGCUACCUUUGAGAGAGGACUGCAUUUUCUGUUUUCUUUCUCUCGUGUUUUUUUUAUUUAGUUUAUUUUAUCUUACUGCAUUAUGAAAAAGCUUUAAUAAAAAUUCUUAUUUCUUAAAAAAGGAAUAUUAACCUGGGAAACUGAAGAAUGGAUUAUCCAUUCCAGUGGAGGGGGCGGGGAAUAAAGUACUUGCAGAACAGAAUCCUGUAAUUUUACAAAAGAUACCACUUGAUUAUUAUUGUUUGCUAUACUAUAUAGGCUUUUUUUCCUCCAAUACGGAAAAGGUAGGGAUAAACUGGAUUGUGUUUUAACAUGCUCUAAUGUGCCUAAAAAGCUGGUGUUGGAUUUACCACUGUCCCAUUUGUGUUAGAUAGGAGUCAUCCCAGAUUAUUCUGCCUCUCAGCAGAGAAAUGACAAGCAGUUGUUUAAAGAAACAGUCCCUGUGGCUAGCAAGAACAAGCCAGAAACUGAAACCACAGUUUAAUCCUGGCUUGUUCUUACUAACCAUACUUUUAAACAAGGCACAGUUCCCAGAGGUCAGACACCAUGGAGCUAUGACUUUUAUCUAAAAUAAAAAAACCAAAAGUUUCCAAUCUCAUUGAGGGCUAAAGAGGAGGAAGGCAGGAGUACAGGAGUCUGAUGCUCAUUCACGUAGCAAGAAACCAUUAUUUCAGCUGAACUUGUUCUAUAUGUAAACUCCUGUUUAUACUAGGCCUUAGCUAAAGUUUUUUUCAAAUAUACAACCCCACCCUGAGGAGAAGGUCAUAAAAUAGCACCUGCUUUAAGCCUCUGCUCCCAAAUACUAACCAAAAUGGAAGAGCCUUUGAGAAAUGGUUGUUUCCUGGAGGACCACAGAUGAAAACUCUAGCAGUUGAAGUGAAAAGAUGUCUGUGUGGAGACAGCCAACAUUUGCUUGGUUAUUCUAAGAGCAAAUACAUUGUUCCCCUGCUUUUUUCAGAAGGAAUUGCAGAGGGGAACAUAAAUAUGCCAUCUAAAUUUUCAAGAAUUGCUUAACAAUCUUCAGUUUGAACAUCAGUGACACCAGAGGAGCGAAGGUUCCACUUUGUAGAUAGGAAACUGAGACUGAAAAUGACUCGUCAAAAAUCAUCUGAUGCGUUCAGACAAUAUUUGCAUGGCCUAUAGUCACGUGAAUAUUAGAACCCAUAUUUCUCAGCUGAUCACGUGUUUUAAUCACAUCAUUUUGUAUUGUCUGGUUUUGCUUAAGACAUUCAUGCCUUUGUCUCUGAAACUACUAGGCCAUGUGUGUUUGAGAGCUUGUUCAGCUUUUGGACAACUAAGUGGUCUAGUUUUAAAAAGAAAAAUGUUCUAGCUUUGGUCAGGAAGAUUAAUAUAGCUGCUCCUUAUUCCUAUAAACUCAAUUAUUAAGCAUUCUGCUCAAGUAAGAAAUGUGCAAGUGGGAAACCAAUUAGUGCAAGAGGUUUUGUACACCGGUCACCCCAAAGGAGGCACCUGCCUGAUCCUGCUAUUCCCCAUCUUAGUAUUUGGUUCAGCAGGAGUCUGCAUGAGGGGUAAUGUAGUUUAUGAGCAUCAGGGCCCAUUCAAUUGCAGUCUCGUUUGGUGUAUGUAUUGUUAGUAUGCAAGCUUAUCUCUACUACGUAAUAUUUAAACCUACAAAAUUUUGCUCUAUUUUGAAAGGUUUUUGUUUUUUUUAGCAAGGCACAGUCUGUUGUCAGAAUAUUUUGAAUAACUUGUUUUCAGAGACUGAAUUGUAGAGGUUUGGGGGUUUUUUAUUAAAAAGGUUAUAGCACCAUCUUGUGGUCAGAUCACUGAUAUAACAUUGAAUAAAACCACCUAUCUAUUU